UAGCUUGCACGGCAUCCCACGAAAAUCCUGCCCUUCAGGACCAUUUGGAGGCCUUCUCUUCUCAUUCUAAUUACAUCCAAGAAUCCACUCUCACCCAGCAUGCCAGAUACAGCGGGGUCUGCGUACGUCCCUCUCUCACAAGGCUUCGGCUAUGGCAUCAUCCUCGGUCUAGGAUUCGCCUUUGCCUUGGGCAUGAUAGGAACUACGUGGGCUCUGAAGCGAUACCAUGGAGAGGUCCAAACCUCGGAGGCUUUCUCCACUGCCGGUAGGACGGUCAAAUCUGGUCUCGUUGCAGCGGCUGUUGUCUCGAGCUGGACCUGGGCUGCAACUCUGCUUCAAUCGUCGGGCGUCGCCUAUUCUUAUGGCGUUUCUGGGCCGGUCUGGUAUGCAUCAGGAGCCACUGUGCAGAUCAUACUUUUCGCGACAUUGGCUAUCGAGCUCAAGCGUCGAGCUCCAAAUGCGCAUACUUUCCUCGAAGUCAUCAAGGCUAGAUACGGAGUCGUCACGCACAUUGUCUUCCUGACAUUUGGUCUGAUGACAAACAUCUUGGUUACGGCCAUGCUCUUGACCGGUGGUAGCGCGGUGGCCAGCUCUCUCUGUGGUGUUCCCACAGCGGCAGCUUGUUUCCUGCUCCCUGUUGGCGUUGUUCUUUACACGAUGUUUGGAGGAAUCAAGGCGACGUUCUUGACUGAUUAUGUCCAUACGGUUAUCAUCCUGGUCAUCAUAUUCGUCUUUGCAUUCUCAGCUUAUGCCACAAACGAAGUUGCAGGCUCCCCGGGCAAAGUCUGGGAACUUCUGGUCGAUGCUGCGAAACGACACCCGGUCAAGGGCAAUCACGAAGGUAGCUAUUUGACCAUGCAAUCUCGAGAGGGAGCCAUCUUUUUCGUCAUCAACAUCGUGGGCAAUUUUGGGACCGUCUUCUUGGACAACGGAUAUUACAACAAGGCAAUCGCAGCUUCUCCGGUCGACGCAUUGCCAGGAUAUGUCAUGGGAGGGUUGUCGUGGUUCGCCAUCCCCUGGCUAUGUGCCACCACAAUGGGACUAGCGGCUCUCGCUCUGGAGAACAACCCGGUCUUUCCAACCUAUCCGAAUCGAAUGGCGCAAUCAGACGUUUCUGCCGGUCUGGUGUUGCCGUACGCGGCGGUGGCCCUCCUCGGAAAGGGGGGUGCCAGCGCGACGCUCCUGCUGAUCUUCAUGGCGGUCACGUCGGCGUCGUCGGCGGAGCUCAUCGCCGUCUCGUCGAUCUGGACGUACGAUAUCUACCAGACCUACAUCAACCCGAAGGCCAGCGGGAAGUUCCUGAUCCGCAUGUCGCACGUGGCCUGCAUAGUCUACGCGCUCAUCCUCGCCAGUUUCUCGACGGGGCUCUUCUACGCCGGCGUCUCGAUGGGGUACUUGUACCUGAUGAUGGGCUGCAUCAUCUCGAGCGCCGUCAUUCCCGCCACGCUGUCGCUGAUGUGGAAGGGCCAGAACUGGCAGGCCGCGGCCGGCGCCCCGGUGCUCGGUCUGGCCUGUGCCCUCGUGGCCUGGCUCGUCACGGCGAAGAAGGAGUGCGGCGUCCUGAACGUCGACUGCACGGGGAGCAACAACCCCAUGCUGGCGGGCAACGUGACGGCGUUGCUCAGCCCGCUCAUCUUCGUCCCGGUCUUGACGUUUGCCUUCGGCCAGCAAAACUACGACUGGCAGAGCAUGAGGGCCAUCCGCAAGGGCGACGACAGCGAGAUCAUCCGUCGUGCGAGCGUGAGUGUCGAGAGCGACGUCGUACCCACCGCCGACGUCCCGGACGAGACGGCCGAGCAAGAGGCCGUGGAGCAAAAGAAGCUCAAGAAGGCGGCCAUCAUCGCCAGAAGUCUGACCGCGUUCAUGACCGUCGCCUUGUUGGUACUGUGGCCCAUGCCCAUGUACGGGAGUGGAUACGUCUUUAGCAAAAAGUUCUUUACCGGUUGGGUCGUCGUCGGUAUCCUGUGGCUCUUCUGCAGCACCUUCGCCGUGGGAUUGUUCCCGCUGUGGCAGGGACGCAAGACAAUGGCCCACACCGUCAAGUCGAUCAUCUUGGAUAUCUCGGGCAAGAAACAUCCGGCCAUUCAUGGUCGCGUCAGUGCCGUCGGGGACGACGAGACCAGCGGAGCCGCCACGCCAGAGGAGAAGACCACCGUCAAGACUGAAUAGGGUGGACUUGGAACAGGUUUGCGAGAAAGUACUUGUUACUCUGAUGUGACGAUACCCCUUUUUGGUGUCUCGUUUUCAAGAUGUGGUCGAUGUGUGGGAUGUGGAUGUGUGGCACACUUGAAUUAUUGAUACCCUUUUUUGUUACGGCGAGGUAGAUGACAUUAAGCAA